AUGACAAAAGUUACAUUAAAAGUCAUUGGUCUAGGUUUCGUUUUCAUGUAUUAUGAAGCAUUGAAUGCGGAUCCUACAAAAGUAUCACAAUUUUACUCCGAUUCCUCUGAUGUCGUAUUUGUCGAUGUGGCAAAAUUAGAUGAUCAAGAACAUGAAACGUAUCCAGUUGUGAAGUUACAUGGUAAAAAUGCAAUCAAAGAAUUCUUUGAGUCUACGAAGAUUCAACUGUCUACCACUAAAUUGAAAAUCAAGACAUUUGACUCUCAAAACGUGUCAGGUAUUUUCUCUUCAUCUUCAACCAUUUUGUUGUCUCUAACUGGUGAAGUUAUGUGGAAGAAUACUAAUGUUUACAAUUUUACCCAAAACUUCUUAUUAUCUACUACUGAGGAUGAUAAACAGGUUUAUGAAAUAUCAAAUAGUGUAUUUAGAAUCACUACAGAGAUCACUCAUAAAUCCUUUGUGAACACAAGAACAAAUAGGAAAACUAAUAAUCUCCAAGCAAGAUCGAAAUCUAAAAAUGACCAUUAUAAUAAUAAUUCAACCUCCUUUACACCAGAAGAUAGAAUUUACCAAAACAAAUAUAAUAAUUGGAAUGCUAACAAUAGUGGUGUCAUUGAUAAUGGUAAUAUGGGACUAUUCCCUCAACAGAUAAUGAGUGAUUACUAUCAGUACCAGAAUGUAAUGCCACAACAGUACGGUUAUUAUAAUUCAAAUUCUAAUAUGAAUAAUAAUACUUAUAACAGAUAUUCUGGGAAGAAAUAUAAUAGUAAUAAUAAUUCAAAUUAUGAGCGUAAUGGUAGUCGGAACGCUUCUAAUGAUUCAACACAUAAUAAUUACCACAAGAAAAACAGUAAUAAUUAUUCUGUAUUUGUCAAAAAUACUCGCGAUCUCACCGAAGAACAGAUUAGAAAUUCUUUGGAGAACGAAUUCGGUACAAUUGUCAAAAUUACUACAGGUGAGAACUAUACAGUUAUUGACUUUGAUAAUGAAAAUAGUCAAUCUAAUUGUUUAUCUAAAGCAAAGAUGAAUAUUGAUGAAGAGGAAGUUGUAUUUGAAAAGAGACAGAAUCAGAGGAGGCAAUCUAGCAAUAACGCUCAAGAUUACCAAAGAAACGAGAAUUUUUUAAGUACAUAA